GCCCGCGGUCGGAAAACCGCAAUUGAACUGCCCCCUCUCCUUUUCUGUUCCUGGUAAGCAGGUAGGGUUCGAUCUCCGGAGGGCGGUGGCAGUCAUUGGAUCUGGUCUAAAGGUGCGGUUUCUGAGGAACACCGAAUCGCCAUGUCGAUGCUUGACGCUUUCUUCAACAAGGGUUCCAGAGCGGCGAAAUGUAAAACUCUGUUGAAAUUGGCGAUUCCAAGAAUAAAGUUGCUGCGGAAUCGAAGAGAGAUUCAACUGAAGCAGAUGAGGAAGGAUAUUGCCAAGCUUCUUGAGAAUGGUCAAGAAGCCACUGCUCGGAUUCGGGUAGAGCACAUAAUCCGUGAGGAGAACAUCAUGGCGGCGCAGGAGAUCCUUGAGCUGUUCUGCGAGCUAAUCACUGUCCGGCUUCCAAUAAUAGAAACACAGAGAGAAUGCCCAUUAGACUUGAAAGAAGCAAUCUCCAGCGUCUGCUUUGCGGCACCAAGAUCUGCAGAUUUGCCGGAACUUCUGCAAGUGCAAAUGUUUUUCACUGCCAAAUAUGGCAAGGAAUUUGUCACUGCAGCAACUGAACUGUUGCCAGAUUGUGGAGUUAAUCGUCAGAUAAUUGAACUGCUGUCAAUUCGUGCUCCCUCAGUGGAAUCAAAACUCAAAUUGUUAAAGGAAAUAGCUGAAGAACACGAGGUAGAUUGGGAUCCUUCUGCCACUGAAACUGAGUUCUUAAAGCCACACGAGGAUUUAUUGAAUGGACCACCUCAGUUCAUGAAUGGUUCUUCUCUGCCUCUUCCACCACAGAAACAUAUUGCAUUAUCUUCUGUUACUGUGAAUGAGGCUAUCAAAUCGGAUUCAGAUGAAGAAUUUGAUUUAUUGGGUCUUCCCGAAGUACCAAAGGAUUCAGUUCGAGCAGCAUUUGAUGGUCCAUUGACCACGGAGAAUGAUCCUGACCUACAAUCUUACGCACAUGAUAUUGACAUCAAUAAACAUGAGCUUAACAAGUCCAUUCCAAAAGAGGAUUUUCCAUUUGCUCCACCUAUGGAACAUGCAGUCAAUAGUGAUCCAUCCGAUGCAUCCCUAGAGAAUCUUCAUCUUGAAAAUAGAAAGUUCAUUCCAUUUGUUACUCCUCCCUCAUUUCCUUCUUUUGUGGAAUCCUCAAAGCAAAAUGAUCGUGCAACCCAGCCAGUACCAUCAUCUGCGGAUUUGUCAUCAAAGCAAAGUGAGCCUGAUCUUUCUAUUCCACCAUUGCCUUCAUUUCAAGAGCAUCUGGAUCUAAAUGAGAAAGCAUCGUCUACGAAGCAGAGUGACCCAAUUUCUUCUGCUUCACUUUCUGCAAAUAAGAUGGAGUUACAAUCCUCCCUCCUGUGGAACAAAAGCGAGAUAAGGGCCGACUUACAGGAUGUCUUAGUAGCUGCACAGUCAGCUGCUGAAACAGCUGAGCGUGCGGCAGUAGCUGCUCGUGCAGCUGCAAAUCUUGCUCAGGUAAAAAUUAGUGAACUUGUCGCCAAGAGCAGCAGUGAAACAUCAGAGAGCAGUCUAAAUGAGCUUCCUGAAGCUAAAUUCCAACAAUAUUCUUUUGGACGCAAUGACACUAUUGCAGCUUAUGAUGAGGAAGGGAAAAUUGAAUCACCGACUAUUCAUUCUGGUGAAACCCUACUAUCUUCGCAUGUGCCACAGCGCUUGCCUUCGCUAGAGGACGAUCCAUACUUCUCAUACCCCAACUUAUUCUCAUCUAAAGAUGCUGAUGUCAAGUCAGUUCAUGAUUUGUCCAACCAUACUUAAGGUUAAUCCAAGGUUUGUUGAUCUGCAACUCCUAUGUAUCAUGCUGGUACUAUUUGGCAUCUUUCAUUUGUGAUGCUGUGACGAAAUGUUCAUGUCAUGUCUCCUAUGUUGCAUUUUGUGCACAAGAAAUAAAGUUAUGCAAUGUAUUGCAAUUAGUGUGUUAGUAUGUGAGCUUUUCUCGGUAUAGUAGCAAGAAAUAAAGUUAUUCAAUGUAUUGCAAUAAGUGUGUUACUGUUUGAGCUUUUCUUAGUAUAGUUGCAAGAAAUAAAGUUAUGCUAUGUAAAUAUAUUGUUUCACUGGUGUUGCUUUGAAA